AUGGCUUCUGAAGAAACAUGGACCGUCGAAUCCGCUCUCGCGGGGCUUGAUUCCCUCCACCCACUAACCCUCCCAACCCCCACCUCCACUGUCCCACUAGCAUUCCUUCAUAUCAUCGACCGUCUAAAGCACAUCCCACGUACCGGAUGGGUGGUCGAAGGUGUUGAGAAACCUGAAACAAUAGCAUCCCACAUGUACCGCAUGUCAAUCCUAGCAAUGCUCUGUCCUGAUACCUCACUCGAUAGGAGUAAAUGCAUGAAAAUGGCGUUAGUGCAUGAUAUUGCCGAAAGCGUGGUGGGGGAUUUUACUCCCAUGGAUCCGAUUUCUAAAGAGGAGAAGUACCGUAGGGAAAGUACCACGAUAGAAUACUUUUCGACAAAACUGCUUGGGAAAAUCAACCCAGUUGUGGCGAAGGAGUUGGUAGAGCUAUUUGAGGAAUAUGAAGCUGGGACUACGAAGGAGGCGGUGUUUGUGAAGGAUAUUGAUGUUUAUGAUAUGCUGCUUCAAGCCUUCGAAUAUGAAAAGGAAUCGAAGGGCAAAAAGAGCCUUGAAAGGUUCUUUGAAAGCGAAAGGAGGUUAACGACUGAUUAUGUAAAGCAAUGGAAUAGAGAGCUCAGGGAAGAAAGAGACAAGUUUUGGGAGAGUAUUAAGAAAUCAUAG